AUUAUAUUUGCCUAGAGACACGAAGAUAGCAAACUGAUGAUGUUGUGACUUUAUACACACCAGACUGUUCCAUCACUAUUUGAAGCAGCUUUGGUAAUGCACUGCUAAUAUGGCUGAACAAAGGCAACGUGCUUUGUCAACAUCAGGGGAAGCAUUAUAUGGAAUCCUGGCCCUAGAGAAGGGAGCAACACAUGAUGAGAUUAAGAAGUCCUACAGAAAAUUGGCCCUGAAAUAUCAUCCUGACAAGAACCCUGACAAUCCAGAGGCUGCCGAAAAAUUUAAAGAGAUUAACAAUGCUCAUGCAACACUGACUGAUCUCUCCAAGAGAAACAUAUAUGACAAGUAUGGAUCCUUGGGGCUCUACGUGGCAGAACAGUUCGGGGAGGAAAAUGUUAACACGUAUUUCAUGCUCUCUAGCUGGUGGGCAAAGGGUCUGUUUGCAGUAUGUGGCCUCCUGACCGGCUGCUACCUCUGCUGCUGCCUCUGCUGCUGCUUCAACUGCUGCUGUGGAAAGUGCAAACCCAAAGCACCCGAAGGGGAAGAACAGGAGUUCUUCAUGUCUCCAGAAGACUUGGAAGAGCAAAUUAAGAACGACAUGGAAAGAGAUGGAGAAACUCCUAUUGUGCUUCAGCCGACAAAUGCAACUGAAAAGACGCAGCUCAUAGGGGACAGCCAUCGGAGCUACCGCACAGACUCCUAGAGCCGGCACACACA